UUCAGAUGCCUGAUUAAAUAUUCGGAUCGAUUAGAUUGAUAAAUCAUUCAUAAGUUUUGUAAAAUCGUGUUUUAAGAAUCUUACUAGACCAAACGAAGUUUCCUUGAACAGACCAAACAAUGGAGAACCAAUCGUACGCUACCGACUCCCAAGUAGAUCUCACCAGUGCGCCCCACAGCAACAACACGUUGGAUAUACACGGUAAUGACACCGUGGCGAAGAAAAUCGCCCCAGUUCGGGACAAAUGGGGCAAAGAUGUGGAAUUCAUGCUCUCCUGCAUAGCCUACUCGGUGGGAUUCGGUAAUGUGUGGAAGUUCCCCUAUACAGCUCUCAAAAAUGGCGGAGGAGCAUUCCUGAUUCCAUACCUGGUGGUGCUGUUCAUCGUUGGACGACCAAUAUACUACCUGGAGAUGGUAAUGGGACAGUUCUCCAGCCGAGGAUGCGUCAAAAUCUACGAUCUCAGUCCUGUCAUGAGAGGCAUUGGUGUUGGUCAAUCGAUUGCCAUGUUUAUCGUCAUGACCUACUACACACCGGUACUGGCAAUCACCUUCCGAUAUUUGGUGGCAUCGUUCAGCGCCGUUCUGCCUUGGGCCAAAUGUGAUCCGUCCUGGCCCAACUGUGUUGAUUCCGACUUUGUCGGACAAAUCGUGUCCAACUCCAGUGUUCCACCGAAAGCCUCUGCGGAACUGUACUUUUUAAACUCUGUGAUGCACAAAAACGAAUCUCUCUACGAAGGUCUCGGUUUUCCGGAUUGGAGGCUGGUACUCUGUCUUCUGUUUGCAUGGCUGUGCGUGGCCACCAUUCUGAUCAAGGGAAUCAAAAGUUCCGGAAAGGCGUCCUACUUCCUGGCCAUCUUUCCCUACGUGAUCAUCUUGAUUCUUUUCGUCCACGCUUGUACCCUGGAUGGGGCGUUCAAUGGGAUUCUCUACUUCCUAACGCCACAGUGGGAUCAACUGCUGAACGUUACGGUGUGGUAUGAAGCCGUUACGCAGUGCUUCUUCUCGCUGUCGGUUUGCUUCGGUGGGAUCAUCGCGUAUGCGUCGUUCAACAAUUUCUCCAACAAUGUUUACAAGGACGCCAUUAUCAUUUCCUGGCUCGAUACGUUCACAUCCAUCAUUGCCGGGUGCAUUGUGUUUGGCGUGAUUGGCAACCUGGCGCACGUUACCGAACAGGAUGACAUCCAGCAGGUCGUCAAGAGUGGUGCCGGGCUUACGUUCAUGACCUAUCCGGAUGCGAUCGCCAAGUUUGACUGGCUGCCGCAGCUCUUCUCCGCCCUGUUCUUCCUGAUGUUGUUCAUCGUCGGGCUGGGUAGUAAUUUGGGUGUGACGACCAGCAUCGUAACGGCGAUAAGGGAUCAGUGUCCCGGGUUGAAGAACUGGCAGGUUGUGUCGGUGGUGGCGGUGGCAGGAUUCUCGUUCGGAUUGAUGUACCUGACACCCGGUGGGUUGGAUUUGCUGGACAUAUUGGACUACUAUGGAGCCAAGUACGUGACGCUGACGUUUGCUGUCUUUGAACUGAUUACUCUGGCUUGGAUCUACGGUGUGGAUCGCAUCUGUCGGGAUAUCAAGUUCAUGCUGAAUAUCGACACGAGCCUAUUCUGGAGAAUCUGCUGGGGAGUGGUGACCCCAUUGGUAACCAUCGUCAUUCUGUUGCUCAGUUUCGUCGAUUACCAAGCAUUCUCGGUUCCAAGUGGAUACAACGUACUGGGCUGGUUGAUCUACGUCAUUGCUGUGCUGCAGCUGCCCGGUUGGGCCCUGUAUGCCACUGCACGACUCAGUUCGAAAACGAUCGAUUCGUGGUGGGGAUCGUUGAAGAAAUCGUUCCGCCCACUGCCCGAGUGGGGCCCAGAACAGGUACCGACGCGGCUUCGCUACCGGGAAGAGGUGGAACAGUACGACGCAACGGUGCCAAGAGAUCGAAAUGUCACUGACUUGAUCAAGCGGAAGCUGCUGAGCUGAUCGAGUGUGGGCUUUGUUCGAACAGGUAGCCGCAACUGUAGCUGAGAUUGUUGUUUAAGGAUGCGCUUUAUGUCGUGUGCACAAGAUUCUGUGAAAGUGAAAGAGGCAAUCAAUUAGAUUAACAACUUAAAGUGAUCACCAGUGUAAUGAGAUUGAUAUUUUAGAAUGAUUUGGAGCAUUUACACCUGAUUUAUUAUGAUGUAAAGUAAAUAAAUAGAAUA